AUGAGAGUGUACUUAUUCGUCCUUUGGGUUACGGCUGUUUCAUGUGCUCAGUUAGGCAAAAUUUCGUUAAAAGAUGUGGUUCUAACUGAUGGUGUGGGCACCGAGAAAACGUAAGUAUACGUGCAUCAAAAACUGUUUUUGUUUAUCUCACUUUAUAUACAAUUCAUUUUCAGUCUGACUUCUGGACAAAAACUCAGCAAAGUUGUUGAGCUCGACUCGUCUCACGAUCUGAAAUUGUCAUUCAAAGUGCUCUCUGACAACAAGGCUGCCAGCGUCCAUCAAGCGUUUGUUAUCUUUGUCAACGACAAAUCGAAGAAAGAGGUGGCUUUUGUAAUUGAACAGGAUGCUAAGACUGAAAGUUAUGUAUUCGAUUUGGUAAGUUCAAAAUCCGUUGAUAACAUUUGUUUUAUUCUUUUAGAGCAUGAAAACGCACGGAAAGGAAUUUGGAGGCGAACCUGGUGUGUAUUCUGCACAUCUGAUUCUUGGUGAUGCUAAAGUAGAACCACUGGACUGGGUCUUUGCUCAAUUUAAUGUGAAAGUGGAGGCAGUUGCUCCAAAAACUCUUCCGGUUUCCCAACAAAUCCACUACCAGCCAAGAAAAGAGAUAAAACAUCUUUUCCGGGAACCUGAAGCUCGCCCUCCAGCCUUCUUUGGGCAUGUUUUUGCUUUGGUUUGUGCUGCUCCAUUGUUGCUGCUCUUAAUUUCGGUAAGCAAAGGAAUUAUUAUGUGAAUUUUUAGUGGCUUGUAAUCGGAAUCAACUUUGGAAAAUUGCCUUUUUCUGUGUGGAUCCUUGGGUUCCAUGGAGGAAUAAUUGGAAUCUUUGGCCUAUAUACCUGCUUUUGGCUCCAUUUGAACAUGUUUGAGACGUUGUACUACCUCGUCCCAAUCUCUGUGGUCACCUUUAUCAGCGGACACAGACUUUUCCGCACUCUAGCCGCGCAGAAGUGA